UAACGAAGCAGUAACCUCCGCUUUUAUUAAUCUCACUUUGUCAAUACUCGUGAGAGAGGCAUGGAACCUACUACUACUAGCGUAAUCGGCGACGCUGCGUUCUGGCUUCCGUCGGAGUUUCUCAAUGACGAUGAUUUUCUCGUUGAGAAGGAGAACAACAAGUGUUUGUUCGCGUACGAACCGAGUCGUGGAGUUGAUUCUAACGUUACACCAAUCGGUGACGAGGAGGAGCUCUUAGCCGGAGGAUUCACCAGGAAAACGGUUCAGGCAUCUCUAGAAGAUUAUUGCUCCGGUGGAUUUUGCGGAAACGACGCCAAGGCGUGGAAAUGGAAUGCGACUCGUUCGCCUCAGUCGACUCGAUGUGAUCGCCGGAAUCUAAACCGCCAAAAUCAUGAUAUGUACUGUGCCGCGGCGGCGGUGGAGGAGUUAGCGAUGAUGAAUAUCAACGGUUACAGUAACCAUAGUGAUAGACGACUUCUCCAUCUUCCUAAAAAACAUCCCCUCACCGCAGCUAAAAUCCCUAACGACGGUUCUGGCUACUACAGUCGCCAAUCUCUCCAAUACCAGAAGCUACAGGCUAUCCAAUUUCAGCAGCUAAAGCAGCAACAGUUGAUCAAACACCAUCGCCAUUUGGUGCAGCAUAGCAAAGGAUUGGGUGUUAAUCACAACGAAAUUGAUGGCUCUGUGGAAUUGUCGCCGUCUGCAUGGUCCAAUCGGCCGCAGAUACUCGAUGGUUCGGGGAUGCGCGCUGAUUUCCUCGGAAAACGUGGAUCAACGGGAACCGGCGUAUUUUUGCCCCGUCUCGUUACCCCGGCAACCGUCGAGACUCGCAAGAAGACCAAUGCGUCGUGGAAACAGAGGAGCAACAAUGAGGGAUUCUCGAGCCAGGUGAAGAUGGAGCAGCCUGUGAACGAGACUCGUUUACCUUCGGAGUGGGCUUACUGAUUGAUUUGGUUUUUCCAUAGCUCUUGGGUGGUGUUUAGGAAAGGUUUGAAGAAACUAAAUGAUGAAUAAAAUUUGGUUUGAUGACAGAGUAGUGAAAAUAGUGGUUACAUUAGGGUUUAUAUAGAUAAUUUUAGGAACAAUAAUAAAAUAAAGGAUGGAGACAAUAGGAAGAUGUGUGUAGAAGACGAGGUUUUGGAUUGUUUUAACCACUAUUGAUGGCUGAUUGAGUGAGAUUGCAUUUUUUGCUUGGAUUUUUGUUUGUUCAUGCCUUCAUACUGCUAUUAACUGUUGCUUCAGUAUUCUCCUUCCUCUGCCUUUCUUUUAAUCUCACAACUCUUAAGCAACGGAGAGGAAUAAUUAUUAAGAGAAAUUCUUUGCGAACCUUCGAUGCUUGUUUCUUUAGUUUUUGC